CAAUCUUGUCUGUCAAAUAAUCCGCGUAAACGUCAAGUAAAACAGAAAUCUCACAUAAAAAUAUGAACGAGUUAUUACAACAACAUGGGUGUUCCAAUGUGUUCUCAAUACCAGAAGGGCUGAAAGAGCUCAUGUGCGAUAUAAGUCGAGAAGUUCUACGAGAACAGCCGGAGAAUAUAUUCGAUUUCAUAGCAAACUAUCUAUCUGUACUACUGAUCACAAGAGAACACGGUGUAUUAGCCAUGAAGAUAUUGGAGGAUCUAUGCGACUGCAAGCCCACUGUGUCAGAACAUUUGAUGCAGCUGGGUAUUGAGAGGCAGCAGGCAGAAGAACUGGCACAGGUUAUCAAAGAAGAGAUAGAAGGAUUCGAACAUGGACCCGGAAAAGAAAAAUUAAGAGAAGCACAAAUUGUGAAGAAGGCACUGAACAAGGUUGUCCUAGAUGAAGACAUGAUGGCGCGCGUCUGCCAGGUGGCUAGAAACGCAUACAGAGAUUAUUGGUAUAGAAAAGAGUUAUUGGAGAAGAGUAUGAAAGUGGAACCAGAUGAACCCUGGGAGAUAGCUGCCCAGCAUACUUUAGAACUCUAUAAAAGGACAAAACCUUCAUUCGGAGAAUUGACAAGAGCUACAGUGAAAAUCCAGGCAGCUUACAGAGGAUAUUACAUCCGUAGGAAUUUAUUAAAUCAUCUCAAACCCAAACCCCAAAAGAACAGACCGAAAGUAGACAAUAUUGGACCACCUGUGGAUAUUGCUGGCUCCAGAGAAAUAGAACUUGGGCCUGUCAUAGAUGUGAAUAUUCACGAAGACGAUGUCAACGCUAUGUUUGACGAGUACACCAGUCAGAAAUUGGGGCUUCACUAUGACCCGAUGAAAACCAUCACUCACGUGGAAGACGUGGAGCAUCUCUAUGAGAAUCCUACUGCACCACGAUCCAGCAGAAUGCUCGGCCAGGUGCCAUUAUCGACGAAGACCUUGACCGAUGGCAAGACCAGGCAGAGUCAGGUGGAUGACAUUGGAGACGGUCGUCGAUACCCCAAAAGUGUAACAGAAAGUGCUCGUCAAAGCCGUCAGUUGAGCAGAGAGUCCAUGGGUCAAAGCCACAACGCAAGCAUCGCUUCCGUCCAUUCAACAGGAUACUCCAUGCAGAAGAUAUCUUUUCUCGAGGCGCCUCCUGAAGUUAUUCCAGAUGUCUUUGAAUAUGAAAUCGAUGACACGCAACCAGCACAAGCAACUAUUGCUGAAGAUCAAGAAGACCCUGGUGCUGAACUGGUAGCUGAAGUUAUUGAAACAGAACAAGUACAUGAAGUGCCGGAAGAAUUGCCUACAGAUGCCCAAUCUGAACUUGAAGACAGUGCAAGUGCACCAACAGCUUCUGUUCCAUCAUCAACACCGGCUACAGCUGACAAUACGGAUGUGGAGGAUGCUGCUGAUCCACUGGACGCCACCGGCGAUGAAGAAGAAGACUAAUAAAUAUGAUAGAUUUACCUAAUAAUAAUUGUUUCAAAAAAUGCUCUGUGCAUUGCAUUAUCAACAAUAGCGUGAUAGCAAUUUGAAUUGUCCAUAACAUAUCGCCCCAGAUCGAAAACAGCAUCAACGAAGUAAAAUUAGUCGUGGGUUACCGAGAUUGGUUUAAACAUCGAUGAAGAAAAAUAUUAAUAGAUAUUUCUUCACUAUACUUUUGAUUGCCAUUGAAAUUUUCUAGUUUGCUACGCUCGCCGCUCGGUAUUAUUAAAUCCAUAAAUUCGAUUACAAGACUUUAGUUUAUCUUUAUUAAAUGAUCUUGUUUCAAAACUAUUCAGUUUUAAUAUUUAUUCGGAAAUUCGACUUUAUAUGAAUUCUCUUAUGAUAUUACUAUCGUUCUAAUUAUCUCAUUAUAAGAAUUGAUGAUGAAGUUCUUAAUAAACGUUUUUGUCGG